UUGGAGAGCUUAUUUCUUCUGUCGCUAUUGAAAAUGAUGUUUCUCUUCCUUAUGAACGUGCAUCAUUGUUAAAAUCAAUGUUUAAGUUCGUUUUACACAUGAUGCAAUCAUCUGGUACUGCAGAUGGCCUACGCAAUCUCAUUGACACUUCACUGCCAGAUUCGUUGAAAAAAGUCUUUGAACAACCAAAUGUGUUUGGUAGCAGCAUAUAUGCACUUGCCAUCAAUUUGAUUGCUACGUUCAUACAUAAUGAGCCCACUUCGCUUCCGAUUAUGCAGGAGGCUAGACUUCCACAAACAUUUUUAAACUCCAUUUCUAAAGAAAUUCCUUCUUCUGUUGAUGUGAUUCAAUCAAUCCCGAAUGCAUUUGGCGCUAUUUGCUUAAAUGCUCAAGGAAUGGAAAUUUUUAACCAGAUGAAUCCGAUAGACAAAUUCUUUACUAUUUUUACAUCUGAUGAACAUUUGCGUUCGCUUCAAGACUCGGAUGUUGCAUCAGUUUUGGGAACCUCAAUUGAUGAAUUGAUGCGACAUCAUCCAAGCUUAAAGCAAUGUAUCAUGAACGCAAUAAUGAACACCCUUCAACGCAUUAUUGAACUCGGCCAUAAUUUGGCAACUAAAGAUAGUGCAAGCAUAUUACACGCUGGCAGUGAUGAUGACCAAGUCAUUAAUUCAGAAAUUUCUGGGGAAGAGGGAUCAAUAGAUACAAAGAUGACUGACUCGGAUAAUACUAAAGCAGAUGAAAAUAAAACAGAUGAGAAGAAAGAAAACACAGUUGUAGCUUUUAUUGAAAUUGCGGCACGGUUUUUGGAGGGUCUUUUUCAAACACAAAAUCAUUGCAAAGAAUUUUUAAAACAGGAGAAUGGACUCAAUAUAAUUUUAAAGUUUUAUGCGCUACCAGUUUUGCCUUAUGAAUUUGGCUGUUCUCAAGCAUCAUAUUCUCUUUCACAUUUAAUGAGAGUCAUUGCAGAUGUUGAUCCAAAACGAAGCAUUUCUGCAAUAGUUUGUGCCCUCAAUGAAACACUUCAGGGAGCGACAAGCUUCUUGUCAUAUGAAGGAAAAGGCAUUCUAUCCGAAUAUGUUGACCUAAAAGAAAGUGAUGUAGCAAAAAUCGAAGAAGCAAAUAACACGUUUAGGACAUUAAUUACUCUUCACGGAUACAUUGGAUUGCUUUCUGACGUGUAUUGUACGCCCGUAUUUUCACACGGUAAAAGUGCAUCUUCAGUGAUUGAUGCAUUUAUUGGAACUGACAAUGAUGUAUUACCAACGCUUGGAAAACUUCAUCGAGUUUGUGUCUGGGAAAAUGUUAUUUUGAAAUCAUCCGUUCCAAAAUCUUGGUAUAAUCUCCCAUCAAAAGCAAAAAAACCUUCACAUUUUCCUGAAUCAUCGUCAAGCAUAGCAUCUGCGUUAUUAGACGACGCGGAUAAAGAGGCUACAGAUUCAAAUGAACCACCAGUUGAUCAAAAUGAUCGUAAAGUAAAAAAUGCCAAAUGUCUGAAGUUCUUGGUUUCCCAAAUCCCUUCUUGCCUUACUCCUUUAUUCCAAGGUUUAGCAAAAAUGUUGUUUAGUCGAAAGUCACCCGACGCUUCACAGAAAAAGCAAGCUUUCAAAAUUUCAGAUGCUAUUGCUGAAGUUCUCCGGGACCAUUUGACUUGGCCGCGAUAUGAACUUGAUAGCGAAGCUGAUUCUACAAAUAAAUAUAAUUAUCUUACGAUAAUGCUCGGAUUAUUAUCUUUACUUUUCUUGGACGAACGGAGUCAAGUAUCACUUCAAACAAUGCUUGUUGUUUCUUUCGACCGGGUUAAUGGCUUGGAUGUUGUAUUUAAACUCUUACGCCAAUUCUGGGAAGAGGCUGAGGGAAUUAAAGUCCUUGAAGAAUAUUCUACAAUUGAAGUUGAUGAGGGGUCUAAAGAAAAACUUUCGCGAAUUCAUGGAUGUAUAGAUGUUACACUCAACUUUUUCCAAUUUGUUGGAUCAUCUAAAUUAUUACACGAGUCACCCCAAACAGUACCGCUAACAACAAAAGACAGAGAUCCACGUGUUGAACCCUUCGAUCCCUUUAAUUUUCUCGUGAACGUUCGAGCAAAAAUUCUUCCUAUAAUAAAUGAACUUUGGCAAAGUGCCUAUCUUCCAAGAGCUCCCCCAAAUAUUGUUCGAUCUGUUCUUCAAAAUUUAGUUCAGAUUUUAAAAGCAGAUGGGGAAGUUAAUCAACGCCCUGAGGGAUCAGGAUCAUCAAGUGGAUUAACAGCACCUACUUCUACACUAUUUGGUGCUACUAGAUCGUUGGUACCUGAUGAAGAACGAGUUCAACAAUUGAUUGAUAUGGGCUUCCAGCGCUCAUCAGCUGAAGCUGCACUUAUACGUUGCAAUAAUCAUGUUCAAGCUGCUACAGAAUAUUUGGUAACGCAUCCUCAGACUAUUGCAGCAACAGUUUUCUCAGCGGCACCAUCUACCGAAGCAGGUCGAAAUUCGUCUGAUACAACCUCAACAAGAGGUAAUGCACCUACUGAUGCGGGAUCUACGAUUGAUGUGACUGCUCAAGCUCUUGCAUUAUCAAUGCAGGGGAAUCAAACUCCUGUAGAAGGUGCCGUUGCAAAUGAUGGUUCAAUUCCUAUGGAAACUGAAACCACAUCAACAAAACCAGACAAAGGUAAAGGGAAAGAAGUUGAUUAUAUAGAUCAUUUCAAGACUCUUAGAGAUAAGCUGAGGUCUACUUCAGCAACUCGCGCACUUGAACUUCUUGAUGCAGUUGAAGACAUUAUUUUUGAAGUAAAAGACCUGUUUGUACUUCUUAGCAAAGACGAUGCUGAACAGAACAUUAAAUUAAUAAUAAAAAGUAUUGAAACAGUUCGAAGUCAUCCUGACGAACAGCGCAAAAAAGCUCUUAAUUCUCGUUUACGCCUUUUGGCUCUUUUAUUGAAUGAGAAUAGUAUACAAGGAAAAAUUCCAAACUUACCUUUUAAUAUAUUUUCUGAUAUGAUAACUAUGAUCUCCGAGCAAACUGGAUUGCCUUUAGAGAGUCCUUUGCCUAAAUGGAUUGCACCUGCUUUGUUAGUUAUUGAGGCGUUUAUUUCAUCAUCUGAAGAACCAGUUAGCACUGAAUUAGUUACAAAACCUGAUGAAUCAAAAGACAUUAAUGUUUCUUUAAACGAGUUGAGUUUCAUUAAAGCAGAAUCGCGAACUCAACUUCUUGACUAUU